AUGAAUCGGCGUGAACAACGACGGAAACGGGAGCGUGAAACCCUGUUGCCUGCACUUUCCGCUCUUAUCGCAAACAUUUCCCCACAGGAUGAUACUUCUGCGCCCUUGCGCUACUUGAAGGCCUUCUCGACACUACACCCGCUGGACGGUGACAGCGGGGACAACGUCCACGUUAUUGAGGGCGAUGGAUUAAGUCGACUCUGCAAGGAGCUUGGGAGUGGAAUAUGUGAAAAGGAUGUAUUGGCUGUUGCACGUCGUGUGCCGCGCAGUCAAUCAACGCCUGAAAGGAUCGAUGUGACGGAGUUGUGCUUUGCGAUUGCUCAGGCGACUGCCCCAGUGAAUGUGCACGAGCGGCGGCGAAAUGUUGGGAGUGUGGCCCCCCUCGAUGAAAACGCUCCACUGAUAAAGUACUAUGCAAAAGACCGUUUUGCCUCCCUCCUGGGGUGCGUCAGCCCGGAGGACAUCCAACUCGAGUGGCAGAAGUUUUUCUCGUGCCUUUCCUCACCACUUCCCAUGACAUUACGUGUGCACUGCAACGAACGGGUCUUGAAGCAUAUUGCUCUCGAGUUUCUGUUGCACGAUCCAAUGCUGCGUGAGGUAGUGCAAUCAAUAACCCCUUUACUUCCUCCUCGCAUUGGUCUCUACGGUUGUUCCCAUGAUCUUUAUCAUAAAAAAAGCCGGGCUGAGUAUAUUUGUCGAACUUUACACGCCGCCAGCGCAGUUUCCUUUCAGGAAACCGUCUCAGUCUUGCCAGUUAUGGUGGCAGACAUCCAGCCGCAGCAUGCGGUUUUGGACAUGUGUGCUGCACCAGGAAGCAAGACCCUGCAAGUGCUGGAUGAGAUGUUACAGUACGGGUGGUCCACGUCCGCUGUUUCACAGGGUGUGGUUAUUGUGAAUGAAAAAGAUCGUGUGAAGGCUACACAAAUACUUCCAUCUCGUUUGAAGCGUUUUCAUGCGCCAAAUGCGAUUUGCACACGUUGUGAUGCCUCUCAAUGGCCAAGGAUUUUUUAUUCUUCUGAAGAGGGGCCCUCAUAUGCAGAGAAGCGAUUUGACCGCAUCAUUUGUGAUGUUCCGUGUAGUGGCGAUGGCACCGUUCGCAAGGAACCUGCAUCAGCCAGCUCGUGGAGUUCUGGAUAUGUCAAAUCUCUUUUUCCAACACAAAAGGCGCUGCUACGACGCGGAUUAGAUCUCCUUCGGGAGGGUGGUAUCCUUGUUUACAGUACCUGUAGCAUGAACCCAAAGGAAGAUGAAGAAGUUGUGUGUGCAGGGCUAGAGUUGUUUGGAGAUACCAUUGAGCUUCUUGACGUAAACGCUAUUUUACGAGAAAAGGGUGCGGUCCUGCACUCCAUUGGCGGCGUCGUGUCUCCCAACGUGGAUCAUUUGCAGAAAGCCAUCUUGCCCUCAACCUUUGAUGGCCGGAAGGUUCUGCGCAUUUUGCCCCAUCGCGAUGACACCGGUGGCUUUUUUGUAGCCUGUUUUCGGAAACGGUCGUUGCCGGAUUUGGCCCCGCCGUUGACGCUUUAUGAGAAGCUGAAUCACUGGACGAAGGGAAAGUUUUGGGCUCCUGUGGGCAGGCACGAUUCUGAGUGGUGUAAUAUCGUCGCAUUCUACGGGAUUGACCCAGAUUGCACAGACACCUUUCAGUACUACAGUACGACUUUGGAGAAUAAAGACCAGCAACUCGUGGGUGCUGGUCUUGUGCCGCUCUACCAUUUGAACCCUAAUGGCGCCGCGUGUCGGCGGAUAGUGCUUGUGACAGUUGCCACUGCCCGCAUGCUUUUUAAGACGCGGCCGUACAAAGGACCUGGCGUCGAGAUUGUCUCCGUGGGCGUCCGUGCCUUUGAGGCGUACGAUGACAGGUUUCUGCUUAAUGCUCAGUGCCGCUGGCGGGCGGUUGUUGAAUCCGCCUCAUAUCUCGCUCCUUGUAUGCGAACGCGUAAAAUAGUCUUGGAUGUGGCAAAUCACCCAGAGCUUGUACGACAAUUGCUUUCAAACGGGUUUAUCUGGUUGCAGGAUUACUGGCGUGUCAUUUUGCAUCGGACAUCUGUGGUCACUACUACUACCACAGCUAAUAGUAAUAAUGAUAAUAACUGUAGUAUUGAUAAUAAAGGAACUUCUUUUGUUGACGUUGCGACAGAUGUGCUACCUCUUGUUCGUAGCGAUGGACCACUUCACACGCUUCUCACAUCGACAGCGUGGAUGCAACCAUCUACGCAAGGCAUUUGUGAAAUGCUCGCGGAAAAUGUGUUGGUUGGAGGCGUUCUUGUCGGUCUUGUGGGUGGCAAGUUGGCAGGCGAAGAAGGCCCGUGGUGGCUGAGCGCGACGCUGAGUAGUUCAAAGCUUGAAUUGGCUGUAGAUGCCUCACUUCGCGCGUUCGGUCUUCUUGCCUUUUUAGGUGUCGACUCAGCGUAA